AAAAGCCACCUCCUCCAGCACCAAAUUUGUUGACGCCCUGCCACUGUUGAAAUCGAAAUUAGCUAGAAAUCUUGUAAACUCAGGCACCCAGAGUGUCAUUUUUAUCCUUUUGCAUCUCUUUGUUACCAUGUCUCUCCCGUCCAACGUCCAUGUUUCAACCCAUCCGAGCUUGCAAGCGAAGCUUAGCCAGCUACGGUCUGCAUCGGCCAGUUCCGCCCAGGUCAAAACACUUGUCCACGAAAUCUCGUUGAUUCUGGCGUGUGAGGCUGUAUCAAAGGCGAUUACGGCCUCUACGGGACCCAAGGAUUCGACACCACUGGGCUUCGAAUAUGACACGACCGUUAUCUCGCCAGAAACUAUGUGCAUUGUCCCCAUUUUGAGAUCGGGGUUAGCCAUGGUGGAAGCUGUGCAAACCAUCCUCCCCGUCGCUGUCCCUGUUCAUCACUUGGGCAUGUACCGCGAACCGUCGACGCUCGAUCCGGUAGAAUAUUACAACAAUCUGCCCCAUCAUAUCCCGUCGUCUACCUCCGCGUCGUCCGCUAGCAGUUUGGCUAUCGUGGUUGAUCCUGUCAUCGCGACAGGUGGUACUUGCGCUGCUGCUAUCCAGACGCUCAAAGAAUGGGGUGCCCAACGUGUAAUGGUACUCUCCGUGAUUGGUGCGACAGAGGGUAUUCUUAAAGCAGCACAAGAAUGGCCUGCUGGAACAGAGCUGUGGAUUGCCGGUGUGGAUCAGGAGCUUACAAAGGAAGGCAUGCUUAGACCUGGCCUGGGCGAUGUUGGUGAUAGACUGUUCCUUACUAUUGGCAAAUAGAUUACAUGGAAUUAUUCAUAAUAACAUUUUUCCUUAUCAUGCAGCGAAUACUUCUUCGUCCACUACCGUCUUCUCUUCCCAGCAGUUGUACACCCAUUGUGACUUCACAAGUCGCGGCACCCUGCUUCUUGUGCUAAUCUGCUGUCUUACACCAGCAGCCACCUCUCCAAUUUCCAUGUCAUCGUCACCGACGACUACGAUAUGGGUAAUUUGUUCAUCUUCCAAAUCACUAGCACAUUUACCUUUGCAGUAUUCAACUUUGAGCUUCAGCUCGUCUACUGCUGCUGCUCCUGCGGCACCCACAGGCACAAAGUGCACGACGGCACGAGCAAACAUGUAGUUGCGUAGCUGUGUUAGAUCUGUUCCCUCGCUUUCGAGUUGUUCUAAAAAGGCCAUUGUAUCGAACUUUUCGCCUUGCUCAAUUUUGGGCAUAUCACGAAGGAGAUCCCGAAGUUCUUCCACUUCAACAUCGCGGGCAUAGCUGUCGCCAUAGUGGUCGGACUGCUGCAGAACAUAUCUCUUGACAAGAUCUGUGCCAUGGAAAAGAUGUCUCUCCUCAUACGGCAAUAAGAAGCCGUCUUCGUCUUGCCCCAGGCAGUCCUUCAACCAUCUGGGUCGAAUAAUAUUGGCAUCUCCACCCUUGAUUAAACUUGCUACUUUGACGACGUUCUUGUCUGCGAUGAUAAUCAUGCUGGAUGUAGCGUCAGGACGUUGAGAAAUAGUUCCGCCAUUUUCUUUGAUCAGGGUUUCUAGCUCGACCUUGGUCUUUUUAAAGGGCUUCAAGGACUCUGACAAGAUGCAAAAUUGAAGACCAGCAAACAACUUGGUCCCCUCUCCAUGGAAUUCGGCAGUUUCUUUUGAAUCGCCCGCAAUCACAAGGUCCACCUUACGGCGCUUCGUAGCUCUGCGUCUCGUGUCCUCGAAAGUCAUGGCCUUUUCUUGCGAUUCUUCUUCAACCUUUUCUCUCAAUUCCUGGAAUUCAUCAAUGGAAAGUGCAGAAUCCCAGGUUCUGUCAAGUCUUAAUCUUCGGAAUCGUGGGAAUCGAAGUGUGUAUCCAAACGCAAAGGACUCUGAGGGUGCCACACUGGCUGCUUUUGCGGACAAGACGAUAGAGUCUUUGGGUCGAAUCCAGACAUCUGGUCGCUCAAAUUGUCGCGCUUCUCCGCCUCCAAGUUCAAUGUAUUCCGAUGGAGGGUUCUUUGCAUCCCACUCAAUCCAUUUUCCCUCUGUGCGAUGUUUAAUUUCGGCGUAAUCCUCUCCAGUGAAACCGCCUCCAACUUUGAAAAAGCUUAGACACUUUUCUUCAUUGGCGCCAGCCUGGAGGUGGUUCUUGGACGCUCUCAAGCCGCACAAGAAGCUGGAUAGUGUACCACCUCGAUGACCAGAUCCAUAGUAGCCGCCGAUAACUAAACAGUCUAAUGACUCUCCGAAUUCAGUCAUAUACUCAGGCUUUACUUUGAUCCAAUCAUCGUUGCGGCUGUUGAGACGGUACAUCGAUCGCGGGUUCUUCAAUACCAGACCCUCGGAAGAGUUUGCGACCACAUCGCGAAGAAGUGGCUCAAUUGCCUCUGGACCUGUUGCUUUGGUAUACUCGUGAACUUCCAGUCGACGCGGAACGGUGUUUACGGCCUUUUCUAAUGCUGCGUGGCGAUCUCGAAGGGUGUAUUGAGUAAGCUGUUUGUCGUUCAGGAAAAGGAUAUCAAAUACUCUGAAUAGGGGGCGAUGACCACCAGCAGCAUCACUAUUGGAUUUAUUCUGUUGCUCCAAAAGAGCGGCGGUUUUUAAAGUACCAAAAGGCACCAUUUUGUCGAGUGUCAUAUCCCAGGUGAUCAUUUCUCCGUCCAAGAUGAUAUUGCGCACGCCCGGUGCAAAGGCAUUUUUCAAGUGUCUUGUCAAGCUGGAUUUUCCGUCUAAAUAACCAUUUCCAUAGAGGUAUGUAUAAUCUUUGGCUUUUCUGGACCAGAAACCAAAUCGUUUGCCGCCCGGGUGAGAUGGGUCAGAAAUCAUGUGCAUUUGCAUUCGCUCUCCAUCUAGUUUCUCUUCAAUCCAAAACUCUGGAUCCUCUGGUGUUGUUCGAAGCAUUUCAAUCAUCUUUUGGAAGGAACCGUUUUUCUGGAACUGUGCAAGCUGGGGUUGGAAACACGACAUGACGGAUAUGCCGUUCUGCUCUGGUUCAAGCCUGACCUCAGGAUCCCACAACAGCCAGCACACCUGCCGCAAGCUUGAAGAUGUACUCCACUUGCUCUCUGCAUCAGGAUGCCAAAUAUAAAAGAACGACCUCUCACUGGCGCCAAUCUUCAUUUGUUUCAGAAUGAUGCGGAUGAGCCACAUGAGCUCCUCGGCGCUCAUUCGAUGAUAGAAGACGUUGAAGAUUUCGAGAUUCUCAGCCUCACUUGCAGAUCCUGCCAGAAGAUCAAGCUGAUAAUUCACCUCAGCGAUGGUCAUAUCGCCGAGUUCAGUUCUGAUGGGUCGUUUUGAAAGAACCUCGUAGCAGCGGCCAGCAAAGUCACCUGCCAUUCGAGAGGCCGUUGUGUGUCCCGGCAAUUUCCAAUGUAGCAGGUUAUAUCCAUCUUCAGAAUUCUUAUCAAUCUUCAUUAGCUUUACGAGAAGCUUUCCUAUAGCAUUCUCCUUUAAGCCGUACACGCCACGGUCUCGAUCUCGGUCAGGCAAGAUGAGCCGCAUCGCUGGAUAGAAGUCAUUUCCGACCUCUUUUCUCCAUCGAGCAAUGAAGCGUUCGAUGAUAUGUCUUCUUUGUUCAUGAGGGGAUACACCAUGAUUGGGCCCGGCUUUGCGGUUUGCUUUGCGCGCAGGCUGGUUCUUGUUCUCAUUGAGCGGGUUGAAGAGAUCUCGGUAGAGAUCUGAGAAGGGGAGCGUUUUGGACCAGUUAAUUGGACGAUUGGGA